AUGCUUGUUCAACUACAACAAGCUGCCAAGUCACCUGCUGUCAAGGGCUUGAUGAAGCGUGAAAUUUUAAAGGGAAGUGCACAUUUGCGUCCUGCUGUGCUUUCUCGCCGUCAUCAAAGCAAUUUGGCAACUGGUCAAUCGCAGCCGUUUGUCCCUACACCAAAGUACAUUCAACAAGAUCGGGAUGCUAUUGUUCGUAUUUUGUCUUCUAUCGGUAACCGUCGGGAGGUUGAGCAGUACUUGAGAUACUUCACCUCGUUCGAAGCCCAGCGCUUCGCCAUUAUUAAGGUCGGUGGUGCCAUUAUUACUGAUGAAUUGGACACGCUCGCACAAAGUCUUGCCUUUUUGAACCACGUCGGUCUCUAUCCCAUCGUUGUUCACGGCGCAGGCCCUCAAUUAAAUAAAAUUCUCGCUAGCCGCGGUAUUGAAGCCGAAUACAGUGACGGAAUUCGUAUCACUGACGAGGAAACGUUGGCUGUUGCUCGCAAAGUCUUUUUGGAAGAAAACGCCAAGCUUGUGGAAGCUUUGGAGCGUUUGGGCACCCGGGCCCGCCCCAUCGUGGGUGGUGUUUUCCAAGCCGAGUACCUGGACAAGGAAAAAUACAAGUAUGUUGGUAAAAUCGUCAAUGUCAACAAGGCCCCUAUCGAACACAGUAUUCGAGCUGGAACUUUGCCUAUUUUGACUUCUAUGGCUGAAACAGCUUCUGGACAAAGCUUGAAUGUGAACGCUGAUAUCACGGCUGGUGAGUUAGCUCGCGCUUUGAAACCCCUGAAGGUUGUUUAUUUGAACGAAAAGGGCGGUUUAAUCCAUGGUGUCACAAAGAAAAAGAUCAGCAGCGUUUAUUUGGACCGCGAGUAUGACGAUCUCAUGAAAGAACCUUGGGUCAAAUACGGUACCAAACUUAAAAUCAGAGAAAUCAAAGAGCUACUUGAUACCCUUCCUCGUACUUCUUCCGUAGCUAUCAUUAGCACCAAGGACCUCCAAAAAGAACUCUUUACGGAAUCCGGUGCUGGUACAAUGAUUAGCCGUGGUUUCAAGAUUGAUCAAACGGACUCUUUGGAUUCCCUCCCUGCCAAGGCUCUGGAAGAUUUGGUUUUACAUCACAACGCCCUUCCUUCUUGCUAUACUAAUAUCCAAGAAUUCAGGGAUUCUCUUGCCAACGCUAAACUACGCGUCUACAGUGAUUCCUACAAUGAAUCCAUCGCUGUCGUUGAUGUCUCCAAUCCUGAAUUGCCCGUCUUAACUGCCUUUGGCGCUUAUGACCGUAAUUGGCUCAACAACGUCGUUGAUAGUUUACUUUCUAGUUUGCGUACAGAUUUUAGUUCUUUGGUUUGGCGACUUCAUCCAUCUACCAAGAAUUUGGAAUGGUUUUUUGACAAGAGUGAAGGUACCCUUUUUGCCAAUAAUCUUUAUUACUUUUGGUAUGGAAAAAACGAUCUAAAUAUUAUCUCUAAAUUUAUCAAAUCUGAUCAGCCUUUUGCUUCUGCCUGCUUGUCAUCAAACCCUGCCGUGGCCGACCCUAAAGUAGCCUCCAACUCUUCCACACCUCCCAAUUCCCUCAACACAGGUCAAAAACGUUCUUUUUCUACGUUUUCCCGUUGGAACUCUAACAAAAUGAUUCGUCCUUUUAUUUCUAACGUUGCUAAGCGCUUUUAUUCUGCAGACGCUCAGCAAUUCCAAAAGCCUUUGAAGGCCGUCUCUAAUAAGCCGUCUAAGGUUGUUCUUUUGGGUGCUCGUGGUCAUACUGGAAAAAAUUUAAUUAGUUUGAUUAAUACGCACCCUCAUAUUGAGCUUUCUUAUGUUUCUUCUCGUGAGCUCAAGGGUACCAAAUUGCCUGGUUACAACAAGAAGGAAAUUAACUAUGUAAAUCUCUCUGUUGAUGAUGUUAAAAGAUUGGAAGAAGAAGGUGAUGUUGACGCUUGGGUUAUGGCCUUGCCCAAUGGCGUUUGCAAACCCUAUGUUGAUGCCUUAAGCUCCGCUAAUGGCAAGAGCGUGAUUGUUGAUCUUAGUGCUGAUUACCGAUUCGAAAAUAGCUGGAAUUACGGUCUUCCAGAACUAAACGAUCGCAUUGCUUUACGUAACUCCAAGCGCAUCUCCAACCCUGGAUGUUAUGCUACCGGUUCCCAAGUUGGUUUAUCCCCCAUCUUGUCUCUUAUCGAAGGACAACCUUCCAUUUUCGGUGUCUCUGGUUAUUCCGGUGCUGGCACCAAGCCUUCUCCGAAAAACGACCUCAACGUUUUGACUAAUAACUUAAUUCCUUAUUCCUUGACUGAUCACAUUCACGAACGCGAAAUUUCUCAUCAGUUAAAGCACUCCGUCGCUUUCGUCCCUCACGUUGCUCAGUGGUUCCAAGGCAUUACUCUUACUAUCAAUAUUCCCCUUAGAAAAUCUAUUACUUCUCGUGAAUUGCGUAACCUUUACCAAGAACGCUAUGCCGACGAACCAUUGAUUAACGUUCAGGGUGAUGUUCCUCUCGUGAAAGAUAACUCUCAGAAAAAUCAUGUUUCAGUCGGUGGCUUUGGUGUUCAUUCUGGAGGCAAGAGAGCUGUUAUCGUAGUCACCAUUGACAAUUUGCUUAAGGGUGCUGCUACUCAAGCCCUCCAAAACCUUAACUUGGCUUGUGGUUAUGAUGAAUAUGCGGGUAUUCAAUUGGACUAA